UCUAUAUCCGCAUUUUUUCUCUCUUAGAUCUGGGCAUGAUUUUUCACAUGGAUAUUGUAUACCUAUUAAUGACUAGAGGUUACAUAAAACAAAUGACUCGAAACAGUAAAUAGUUAUAUAGUGCGAGACGAAAAUCUGUAAAGUGGGUCCACGUGGACCCCACAACAGUAACUGAGGAUUAAUCAGUGCCAAUUAUCUACCUAGGAAUCUUACUUAAUCUUUAAUUUUUGUCAUCGAAAUCCACUAAAUUUUAAUAGCAUCUUGCCGAGAAUAUACACAAUUGUAUAAAUUACAAAAUCGAUCGAUGUUAAUACUUGUAAUAGGAUGAUAAUGUCAAGCACUUAAAAUAGCGAAACCAAAGACUAUAUAUAGUAACCAGAGGUGAGCAAAGCCAACUCCGGAGUUGACGCUUUUUUACCUGGAGUUAGAUUUGAUAUCGCAAACAUCGGGGUCGCAGUUGGAGUGGAGCCCUGAAAAGAUUGAUGGAGUUGGAGUUGCCCAUCUCUGAUAGUAACACUAAACAAUUAUUACUCUUGUACUAAUAACUAUACUCUCUGUUCUAAAUGGAGAAUCAAUUAUGAGCUUAGUACAGUCGAUAUAGAAAUCAUAUAUUUAAUUAUUUUCUAUUUUAUGAAAGGUAUAUUGCAAAUGAUUUUCAAUUCCAUUUAUUAGCUCCAAUACUUCUUAUACCAUUUAUAUUAAAUCGUCGUCGAUUAACAUAUGCAUUAUUAUUGAUUAUUCUUUUGAUAAAUAUAAUUACUACAAUAUGUAUAAUUAGUAAAAAUCCACAUUUUGAAGGAGGUUUAAUUGAUUUUGAUAGUCCAUCAUUGGAUUUUUUCGAGAAAGUUUAUAUAACACCAUGGUGUCGAAUUGGUCCUUUUAUUAUUGGUAUGAUAACAAGAUUAAUUAUUGAACAAUAUCAUUCUACAUUAUCUAAAAUUAAAAUUAUUUUCUAUACAAUCAUUUCAAUUAUUCUGGCAAUGAUUUGUAUUUAUUUUCCAUUUUAUUCAAAUUAUUUUCCUAAAUUUUUUGGUAUUAUCUAUCAAUCAUUAUCUCGUCAAUGUUGGGCAAUAGCAGUUGGUUGGUUAAUCUUUGCUUGUUCUACUAAUCAUGGUGGAUUAAUAAAUAAAAUUCUUUCAUGGCCUCUUUGGACAAUUAUAGCUCGUUUAAGUUAUUCAGCUUAUUUAAUUCAUCCAAUAAUUAUUCUUACACAAGUUUAUAAUCAUUUAACAACUAUUCAUUAUCAAACAAGUAUAGUUUUGAAUAAUUUCAUAUCACAAAUAAUUCUAACUUUAUUUACAUCAAUAUUUGUUGUUAUACUUGUUGAAAUGCCAUGUAGUUUAUUCGAAAAACAAAUACGAAAACAUUAUAAUGAUAAAAAACAAAUGCCAAUAAAUCAGCAAACAUAUGGAACUAUAAGUUAG